GAAGCUCGGACACCAGUCCUCUGACCCCCCCCCCCCCUUUGUUGGUUUUACCUGACCCGAGGAGGAGGAGGAGGAGGAGAGUUUGAGGAAAGGACUCUGGACUCUCCUGCAGAUGGAGGUGGUGAUGUUCUCCCCUGCAGCUCUGGUGUCCGGUGAAGAUGUGAUGGUGAGCAGGGUGUGCUGUGUUCGCAGAGAGGGAGCGUGAUGUAUGUGAUGGGCUGCAGAGCGCAGUGUGGAUAAAGUGUUCCUUGAGGUUUACGUAACCCCUGCAUUAGUGGGAAGACACAGUAACCACCUCCAGAUGUGUGAGCGUGCAAUCUGACUGAUUAUUUACAACGAGACCAAUGAACAUCGCCCUCCUCGCAUCAUGAGCCUUAAUCUUUGCUCCUUUGUCAGUGCCCAAGUUAAUGCUUAAUCUUGGUACAGACCAUUAAUAGCUGAGGCCAAGCCCUGUUUAUGGGAGGAAGGUUCCUUGGAUGUGCACGGAUCAGAUGUUUCAGAGGAGCACAGGCUCAGGGACUCAUCACUCUCAACUCUACCAGCUGAGCGACCGGACCUUCAGGACUGAGCCACGGGAGCAGCCACCAUGUCGUGGAACUCCUGCAAGUCCAAGCUCCUCGCCGGGGCCUUUGUCGUCCUGACGAUCUCCAUCAUCGCCGGCAUGGCCAUCAUGAUCAUUUUCUACCAGAGUCAGAUCUCCGCGAUGAACCCGACGCCCCGUCCGACCUUCGCGCCCACCACCACGGAGCUGCCACCUGAAGGGCGGCUGCCAAGGGACCUCGUACCUGAGAGCUACGAGGUCGUCCUGCAGCCUCACUUCUACACCCGGAUCAUCGAGGUGGAGAACGUCACCAGUCCCAACCAGACGAGCCACUUCACCGGAAACUCCACGGUCAACUUCAAGUGUGUCCAGAAGACGAGCAGCAUCUUCCUCCACAGCAAAGGCCUGGAAGUUUCUGACUCCAUGGUGAAGAACAGAGACGACGUGGAUGAGAAGAUACGUUCCUCCGUGGUGUAUCCUGGGUACUCUGAUUUUCUGGAGAUCCAGCUGAAUGUGGCGUUGGAGGCAGGAGGAAACUACAGCUUGUUUCUGAAUUUUAAGGGAGAGAUGACGGACAAUCUGGAGGGGCUGUACCUCAGCACGUAUUCAGAAGGUGACUCUGAGGAGGAAGGUUAUAUGAACACAGUGAGAUAUCUCGCCGCCACCAACAUGGAGCCGACGUCUGCCAGGAGAGUGUUUCCUUGUUUCGACGAGCCGGAUAUGAAGGCCGUGUUUCACGUCGCCAUCAUCCACAGGAAAGACACCUUUGCUCUGGCAAACGGUGAAAAAAUAGACACCAAACCCAUAGAAAAUGAGUGGCAGCGCACUCGUUUCAAUCCGACGCCGAGGAUGUCAACGUACCUGUUUGCCAUCGUGGUUUCAGAGUUCACGUCAGCUUCCUCCCCACAUCAUCGAGCGGACAUUAAAACGUUUGCUCGUCCCGAGGCCAUCACAGCAGGAGACGCUCAAUAUGCAGCCAACAUCACCGGGAAGAUACUCCAGUUCUACGAGGAUUACUUUGGAAUUGACAACCCGCUGAAAAAGCUGUACCAAAUCGCUCUGCCAGACUUGAACCCUGCUGCGAUGGAAAACUGGGGACUGGUCACGUACCAGGAGGGACUUCUGCUCUUUGAGGAGGGGGUGUCCUCGUUUCUGCACAAGGAAACGGUCGCGUCUCUGAUUGCACAUGAACUAGCUCAUCAGUGGUUUGGAAAUCUGGUGACGAUGAAAUGGUGGAAUGAAAUUUGGCUGAACGAGGGCUUUGCCAGCUACAUGACCUACUUUGCAAUGGAUGCCGUCGAGCCGUCAUUCAAAAUGAAAGACAUUAUUAUCAUGAAAGACCUGCAGAAGGCGUUCGCGGAGGACGCUCUGGCCUCAUCACAUCCCCUCACUCCUCCGCAGGAAGAAAUCCAGACAACUUCUGAGAUCAUGAACAUGUUUGAUUCAAUCACCUACAGUAAGGGGGCCCUUUUGCUGAGAUUGCUGGCAGACAUCGUGGGUCAAAACAUUUUUGACCAAGGAGUCAAAAAGUACCUCUGGGACUUCAGCUAUAAGAACACUGACCAGAAUGACCUGUGGGAUCAUAUACAAAAGGUCGUAGAUGAGGAUGGUGGUUACACCCAGGUUAAGGUGGUGAUGGACAAAUGGACCAAACAAAUUGGCUAUCCCGUCAUCAACAUCGACACGAAGAGCGGAGAGGUCUACCAGAAGCACUUCCUGUUCAAUGACUCUUCUGAAUCGAGUCUUUGGUGGUACGUCCCGAUCAGAGUCAUGUCAAACACAUCUGAAUCGUCUCUCAUCUGGUUGGAAAACAACAAAACAGAAAGGAUAGACCAGUUUAUUUCCAAGAACGGAGAGUGGAUCCUGGCAAAUGUGAACUGCACUGGAUACUACAGAGUCAAUUACAACCUGGAGAACUGGGACGUCCUCCUGAGUCAGAUGGAAGAAGACCCAGAGCGGAUCCCACUGAUGAACCGAGGGCAGCUCAUCGAUGAUGCAUUCAACUUGGCAAGGGCCAAACUUGUCGACGUGACUCUGCCUCUGAAUUUGACGAGAUUCCUCCGCAAUGAGACGGAGUACCUUCCCUGGGAGUCAGCCAUGACGAACCUGAGGUACUUUGUCCUGAUGUUUGACCGCACCGAGGUGUACGGACCCAUGCAGACGUACCUGCGGGAACAGGUCACGGGGCUGUACAACUUCUUCAAGAACUACACGGACCAUUCCCAAGUCCCGAAGGAGCACUCCUCACAAUACAACCAGAUCAACGCCGUGUCGGUGGCCUGUUCCAAUGAACUCCAGGAAUGUGUGACGAUGGCUAAAAGGAUGUUUGCCCAUUGGAUGACAAUCGGCACCAACAUAAUCCAUCCCAACCUGCGCAGAGCGAUCUACUGCCAGGCCAUGGCUGCCGGUGGGAAAGCAGAGUGGGAAUUUGCCUGGAAGAAGUUUCAGAACUCCAGCGACACCUCGGAGAGGGACCAGCUCCGCAUCGCUCUGUCCUGCACCAGAAAGACCUGGCUGCUCAACAGAUACCUGGAGUACACUUUGGACCCUGAGAAGAUUCGUUUGAUGGAAGUUGGUUACAUCAUAGAACUCAUCGCCCAGAAUCCCGCAGGGCAGGCGCUGGCCUGGAACUUUAUCAGAGCAAACUGGGAGUAUGUCCAAGACACGGGUGAAUACUUUUUGAUCGAGGCCGUGACCAGGAGGUUCUCCACGCAGUUUGAACUGGAGGAGCUGCAGCGCUUUGCGGCCGACAACGAUCUGACUUACAUGAGGGAGACGCAGGUCGUCGAGCAAAUCCAAAUCAACAUCCAGUGGGUCAGCGAGCACAAAGAAAAGAUACUCCAGUGGUUCGAAAGAGAAACGGGCUUAGAGUGACUGAAGACUGACACGUCACUUUUCACUGGUUUGGAUGUUUUCAACUGAAGCUGAAAACUGAUUCCAGACGGUUCACAUCCACAAACAAGAACUUAGCGUGAUUCUGGUCUGGAAAAUGGAUCUGUACGACAGAGUAUCAGGGAUAACAUUAUGAGUAAAAAAUCAUAGCCUCAUUUUAAAAGAAUAAAGUUGUGAUGUUAUGAGAAUAAAGUCAUAAUAUCCAGAGACAAAGUUGUAAUUAUACGAGUAAAAGUAUUAUUGUUUCAGCUCUUCAUUCACUGCUUAUUUUCUUUAAAGAUUUGACGAAGUUCUCCUCAAUUAGUUUUGUAAUAUUUCGACAUUUAUUUCUCGAAAUCUCCGAUUUUGUUUUGCAGACGUGGCCCUUUUACUCAGAUCAGAAAAUAAUCAUUCGAAUAAAUCCGACACCCGAGGAGGUGGCACUUGAGUUUAUGUACAGAAUAAGCGUAUGCAUUAUUUAUAUUGUAUGUUGCAAUGGAAACAGUUAUUUGUGAUUUUAGUUUGAAAAAAAAUCAGAUCACAUCACUUUAUCUUGUUGCUUUUAUCUGUUAUCUGAAAUAUUUUACAGAAGAAAUUUUAUCCAAACUCAUUUGUUCGAUUCAUUUUGUGAUAAAUCUGAUGCAACGGUAAAGAUUUGAUGCUUCUAAUUUCUGGAGCGAAAGACAGAAACCUGUUUAUUAGUGUGUCAAUAUUUGUGUUAUAUAUAUUUUAUAAUCAAGAAAACUAAUUAUUGUUGUAUUUUUCUGAAAUUGUUAUUUUAAAUAAUAAAAUAUCAAUAUUGUGCCGAACAUGAGUUUUGGAAUGUUAUAACAAGAUGAAGAUGAAGAUGAUGAUGAUGAUGAUGAUGAUG